AUGGCUGCUCUCCCUCCUGCACCCCCCUACUUGGUCGACUUGCUCACCUACGGCUACGAUGCUUUCUGCACGCCCAAUAGAUUUUGCAUGAACUACAUGACCCCCAUCUGCUCCCACUGCUGCCCGAACCAUGCAGCGGCGCAUCACGGGGCGCAGUACCGAGAUCCACGGUGUCCAGAGGUGCGUUUCGCCCCCACCCCCACUGUUAAACUCACUAAGAUGUACGGGGGUUUCGGGCAUUGUGUCGAGUAUUUCGAUGCAAACAGAUGCGGCUACAAGUGGGAGCAGAUCCACAGGGUUAGGUACGGGCAGGAAGUUCUUGUCCCACUCCACCGACGAGCUGGUGCGCGGCAACGCCCAGGGCGAGUCCGCAGUUAUUGCAACAGGUGCAAUGAUCCUAUGGCUUCGACAGAAGCGUCGUGCUCCACCGAGUGCAAGCUCGCGGUGGUCGACGAAGGGAGGCCUGCAGGGAGGGCGAAGGCACAGGCCAUGGUGAAUGCUGACUUCCACCAGCGAUUCUUCCCCGAUAGGUUUUGUACGCUGUGCAGGAGAUUUUACGCCUCGGCUUUCUGCGGCACUCAUGCCCAGUCGCACCAUCCCGGGCAGGGCGGCGAGAUUAUCAGAUUUGUGCGAGCCCAGGGGAUGGUGCUGACGCCGGUGGCGGGAGUACUGCCCGGCCAUGUCGUCGACGGCGUACAGGUCAUCUACGUUGGUGGCAUCCCGAUGGUUCCCAUUCUCAGCCCUGCGGUGCCUGCAGACCUCGAGUCCGAGAACAUGUGCCCCAUCUGCUAUCAAGUAAUCGGAGCCGGCAACUUCUGUUCUUUGCAUUGCAAGUGGACUAGUUUUCGGGACUUGCAGCGAUGGUCUGUGCUUCCUUCGUGUGUGGGGAAUCCGCUAUCUCGGUGGGGGAGGUUGAGGUCUGCGCGUUGUGCCGUAGUCUGGAGGAAGAGGGAGCUUGAAGACAUCGGCAGUGGUGGGAUUGGAGUGGUGCCAUGGUUCAAUCAUGUCCGUCUGUAG